CGCUCCAUCCUUCCCUCCGUCCAGGCGGCGUCUGUCUUCGCCGCGGAGCCAUUGAGGCUUUUUCCUCCGCUUUCCCCGCAGGGCUGCUCGGCCCAUCCACCAGCAGCGAGGAGGAGGCCGGAGGAGCCGCCACCUUUUAAUCCGCCGGGCUCGCCUCCGGAGCCCCCCCUCCGUAUGGGCUUGCACCAUGCGCAGGAUUCGGGCCAACGCCAUCGCGAUCCUGACCGUCGCCUGGAUCCUGGGCACCUUCUACUACCUCUGGCAGGACAGCAAGCCGCCCGCGUCGUCGCCCUCGUCCUCGGAGGGCCGCGGCGGGAGCAGCGGCAACCUGCACCGGGGCCACGGUGGCGGACUGAAGGCGGCGCCCGGGCGGCUGGAGCUCCACCGGGACGACAGGACCAUCCCGCUUAUCGUGAGCCAGCCCCCGCGGGGGGAGCUGCCGGGUCUGGCGCUGGGCGCCUUCGACGAGCGGUCCUACCUGGCGGCGAAGCAGCUGAGCCCAGGAGACGACCCGUACCGGGAGCACGCCUUCAACCUGCAGGAGAGCGACCGGCUGGGGGGCGAGCGCACCAUCAGGGACACCCGACACUACAGGUGUGCGUCCCUAAACUAUGACGCCGACCUUCCCGCCACCAGCGUCAUCAUCACUUUCCACAACGAGGCUCGCUCCACGCUGACGCGCACCAUCAUGAGCGUCCUGACCAGAAGUCCUCCGCAGCUCAUCCACGAAAUCAUUCUCAUCGACGACUUCAGCUCAGACGCUGACGACUGCCAGCUGCUGGCUCAGAUCCCCAAAGUGCGUUGCCUGAGGAACGCCAGAAGAGAGGGUCUGAUCCGAUCCCGCGUGCGAGGAGCCAACUCGGCCUCGGCCACCAUCCUGACCUUCUUGGACAGCCACUGCGAGGUCAACACUGAUUGGCUGCAGCCUAUGAUUCAGCGGGUCAAGGAGGAGCACACCCGAGUGGUCAGCCCCAUCAUCGACGUCAUCAGCCUGGACAACUUCGCUUACUUGGCGGCCUCGGCGGAUUUGAGAGGAGGGUUUGAUUGGAGUCUCCACUUUAAAUGGGAGCAGAUCCCCAUUGAGCAGAAAAUGGCCAGGAGUGACCCCACGCAGCCAAUCAGGACUCCCGUGAUUGCCGGUGGAAUCUUUGUGAUGGACAAGAGCUGGUUCAACCACCUGGGCCAGUACGACACCCACAUGGACAUCUGGGGAGGGGAGAACUUUGAACUCUCCUUCCGAGUGUGGAUGUGCGGGGGCAGCCUGGAGAUCCUGCCCUGCAGCCGCGUGGGCCACGUCUUCCGGAAGAGACACCCGUACGACUUCCCCGAAGGCAACGCUCUCACCUACAUCAAGAACACCAGGCGAGCUGCCGAGGUGUGGAUGGACGAGUACAAGCAGUACUACUACUCAGCCAGGCCUUCAGCCCAGGGGAAAGCUUUUGGCAGCAUUGCCGACCGCCUGACCCUGAGACGGAAGCUGAACUGCAAGCCCUUCCGUUGGUACAUGGAGAACAUCUACCCUGAGCUGAGGGUUCCUGAGCAGGAGGCCGUGUCCAGCAUCCUCAAGCAGGGAACGUUGUGCCUGGAGACCCGCGGAGCCGAUGGCCUCGGACUGGCGGAGUGCAAGGGGGUCGGUGGCGUCAGGCCCCAGUCGCAGAGAUGGGAACUGAUUGAGCCGCUGAUCCGACAGCAGGACUUGUGCCUGGCCAUCACGGUCUUCACAGCCGGGUCCAAGGUCAAGAUGGAGUCCUGCAAUGCCAAGGAGCCCCGACAGAAAUGGAAGCCGAAAGGCUCGGCCCUGCAGCACGCGGUCAGCGGCUUCUGCCUGGACAGUCAGGGCUCCCCGGGGCCCCCGGUGGUUGCUCAGUGUCGCCCCCAGGUGGCCAGCCAGGCCUGGGAGCCACAGGUCAUCACCUGACCCCAGGAAAGGGAGGACUCUCUCUCCGGUACCCGUGAUGCUUCCGGUCUGCAUGGGACAAAGCGGCACAUGCGGCCGAGCAUCCGGGUCUUUGCAAGGAUUCUUCUACGUAACCUUCACUUCUUUCUGUCAUCAUUCCCGCUUGGUUUGGCGUGAAGGAAAGGAGGACUGAGUCAGAAGACAAAAUGAUUUUCCCACCAAGGUCACCGACGUUAUUUAUUCUUUUGCAUGACAGUGUUUGUCUUCCCCCUUUUUGCUACUAACCUUUCAUGCAAACAUUUGCUCCUUAUUAUUUCUGUGUCAAGUGCUAUAUAUGUUCAUUGUCAAAUAAAAAGGUAGUUACAAA